CAAUUUUGGCGCCACUGAUCAAACACGGAAAUCUGAGUUUAAAACAACAACUGCUGUAUUUUACAGCGAGAGCUCACGGUGUAGUCGUCGUUUUAUAUGUUUAACGUUUAUAAGCUUAUAUUUUAAUAUGUUUGUUACAGAUAUUCGAAAGGAAUUUUAUGAUGUCGUCGUUAAUCAGAGAGUGGCUCUGCUGGUGUCCGCAGAUAUUGAUGCCCUUUGUGCCUGUAAAAUUUUGCAGGCUCUAUUUCAUUGUGAUCACGUCCAGUACACACUGAUCCCUGUCGCAGGAUGGCAGGACCUGGGUACUGCUUUUCUGGAGCAUAAAGAGCAGUAUCAGUAUUUCGUUCUGAUAAACUGUGGGGCAAAUGUGGACCUGCUGGAGACGCUUCAGCCUGAGGAAGACACUGUUUUCUUCAUCUGUGAUACACAUAGACCUGUAGAUGUAGUCAACGUUUACAAUGACACUCAGAUUAAGCUUUUGAUAAAACAAGAUGAUGAUCUUGGAGUCCCGUCUUAUGAUGACAUCUUCCGCGAUGAUGAGGACGAUGAAGAAGGCGAUGGAGAGGAUUCUGGAAAUGAGAGCGAUGGAAGCGCAGAGCCUUCUGGGAAACGGAGGCGUUUUGAUGAAGGGGCUUUGGAGAGAAGAAUCGAGCGGCAGCGAGCCAGGCGUGAAUGGGAAGCUCGCAGGAGAGAGAUUCUGUUUGACUACGAGCAGUAUGAGUUUCAUGGAACAUCAGCAGCACUGCUGAUGUUCGAACUGGCCUGGGUCAUGUCUAAAGACACCAAAGACAUGCUGUGGUGGAGUGUUAUUGGUCUGACUGAUCAGUGGGUUCAUGAUAAAAUACCACAUAUGAAGUAUGUGACAGAUAUCGCUACUCUUCAGCGUCAUGUGUCCCGUCACAACCACAGAAAUGAGGAUGAGGAGAACUCGCUCUCCAUCGACUGUAUGAGGAUCUCUUUUGAAUACGAUCUGAGGUUGGUGUUGUACCAGCACUGGUCUCUGUAUGAGAGCAUUUGUAACUCUUGUUACACCUCUUGCAACUUUAAACUCUGGUCCAUUAAUGGUCAAAAGAAACUUCAAGAGUUCCUGGCAGAUAUGGGUCUUCCACUCAAACAAGUGCGACAAAAGUUUAACUCCAUGGACAUGACGAUCAAAGAGAACCUGCGUGAGGUCAUCGAGGAAUCGGCCAAUAAGUUUGGCAUGAAAGACAUUCGUGUCCAGACAUUCGGCGUUCACUUUGGCUUUAAGAAUCGCUUCCUGGCCAGUGAUGUGGUUCACGCUGCUGGCGCCCUUCUGGAGAACGUGGAGAAGGACGAAACAUCAACUGACAACUUCAUCAAAGCUCUCGACUGCCUGUCCAGAAGUAACCUGGAACGGCUACAUCAAGGCAUUGAUCUGGCCAAGAAGAAGUUAAAGGCAAUUCAGCAGACCGUUGCGAGCUGUAUCUGCACAAACCUCAUAUUGUCACAGGGACCCUUCCUCUACUGUCACCUAAUGGAGGGAACGCCGGACGUAAAGUUGUUUUCCAAACCUAUGGCUUUAACGCUGCUCUGUAAAUAUUUGCUUAAAGCUUUUGUCUGCUCUACGAGGAAUAAACGCUGUAAGAUCUUGCCGUUGAUUAUGGCUGCACCACUGGAUGUGGAGAAGGGAACCCUGAUCGUCCUGGGAAUCCCACCGGAGUCAGAGACGUCCGACAAGAAAAAUUUCUUCGGUAGGGCUUUUGAGAAGGCCGCUGAGAGCACCAGCUCCAGAACUCUACAUGAUCAUUUCGACACAUCCAUUAUUGAGCUAAAGAUGGAGGACAGGGGAAAGUUUCUGGAUGCUCUCAUCACCCUGCUGUCAUAAAGACCCCAUUCCAUACUGGGAAUGAUCAUUAAACUGCCCACAGAAACUUGGUGUCUGUGUGUAUGUAGGAGCUAUCUUCAUCUGAUUCAAGUACUUCAAGAGAAAUUCAUGCCCACUCACACAUGCUCUGGGUUUUUAAAUGGAAUUUUACACCUCUUGUGUAAACGUGACAUUUGACAUGUUUUAGCCAGUUUGGUGCCAAAUACCUUCCGAGAAGAUCGUUUUUAUACCAUCUGGAGACCUUCCUGAAGACAUCAACAUCAACUCGGACCAGCUGGUGCUUUGGUCAUGUGCUUCCCUUCCAGUUAAUCUGAAACUAAAACUGUGUUUGUGUGUCUGUACCGGCUUGAUUUUACUGUUUGUUUGGUUUAGUAGUGUUUUGUGUCCUGUAAUUUAGUAUGUUUUUGUGUGUGUGAUAUAUAUGCGAAUUUAAAUAAAUGCUUUUUAUUAUC